UAGAAACAGUGCCCGAUCCAAAGCGAAUCUCUCUCGCCUGUGAUCAAUUACAAAUUAAAUUAUUUAUAUUGGAUUUAAUUGUGAUGGAUAUUAAUCCCUCACCGGUUUUGAUAUAUAUGUUCUCUGCU